AUGUCAAAUACUCAUCCAAAAUUCGAAUUGAUUGUACCAUCGGCAUCAACUUUUGAUCCAAUUAAUUUAGAAUCCGAAAUUCUUCAAUUAUGUCUUCAAUUUCCUAAUGGUGUUAGUAAUAAAAUUCUUGAAAAUUCAUUUCCUAAUAUCACAUUAGAACAACGUGUUAAUGCUAUAAAUCGUCUAUUAGCAUUACAUAAAAUUGAUUUAUUAACAUCUUCAACAGAACCAGGUACAUAUAUUUAUCGUAUACGAGAUCAAAUAAAUAAAUCAAAUUCAUCAAUAUCAAUUGGUAAUGAAAUAACAGAUCCAAUGGAAAGAACAGUUUAUCAAAUAGUUGAAGAAAGUGGAAAUUUAGGUAUUUGGAUGCGUGAUAUUAGAUUUAAAGUAAAAUUAUCUCCAACAAUACUUAAUAAAAUACUUAAAUCAUUAGAAAGUAAAAAAUUAAUCAAAGCUGUCAAAUCAGUACAUGCUAAUAAAAAAAAAGUUUAUAUGUUAUAUGAAUUAACACCAGAUCCGUCUAUUACCGGUGGUACAUGGUAUUCAGAUCAAGAAUUUGAAGCAGAAUUUGUUAGAAUUUUGAAUGAACAAUGUGCACGUUUAUUAGAUGAACGACGUGAAGAAUCAAUAGAAAAAUUUCCAAAUGAUCCGUUUCUACAACGAACAAGUUCAUUUAUGUCUAGUUCUGAACUUGUUUCAGUUAUUAAUCAAAUGGGUAUUUCUACAGUAACAUUAACUGUACAAGAUAUCGAAUCAAUAUUAUAUACACUUAUUUGUGAUGGAAAAAUUGAAAAAAUGAUAGUAGCUUCAACGACAAUGAAUGCAAAUGGAACUAAACAAAAUUUAUAUAAAUCAAUUAAAUCAAUGAUUGACUCAGCACCAAUUCAAAAUAUAUCGAUAGUAAAAAGCAAUGAUUAUCAUAAACAACAAGCAUGUCGUUUGAUUAAUAAUCAAUUUACUAAACGAGAUCAUCUCAAAUCAAAAAUGGAAGUAAUAAUUGAACGUCCACCAGAACUUAUUCAUGAUGGUAAAACAGUAACAUUUAGAAAAGAAGAUCAUCAUAUAAUUAUUGCUAAUUUUCCUUAUCAUCGUCGAUCAAAAUCUGAAUCAGAUAAAAAUAAAAUAAAUAGAUUUUAUCUUAUUAUCAAUUCCAAAAUAGAUUCAUUUUCGUUAAAUCUUAGACAACAAAUACCGAUAGUUCAACAAUUGAUUAAAUAA